CCGCAUUUGUCGCCCAAGAGCCGCAGUCGGACUCGGUACUAGCAGUGCCAAAUGGAGUAGCCUCAAGGGAUCACUUCAGUCAACGCAUUUCAGACAAAUCGGACGCACGACUUAUAAACGUCCUCACAACGACACUAUGGCAGACGACCAGUCAACACAAUCCUGGUCAAUCGACAAGGAUGACUACGUUCUCAACGAAGUGAUAGGCAGUGGAGCCACUGCAGUGGUCCAAGCAGCCACCUGCAAGCCCAGAAAGGAAAAGGUGGCCAUAAAACGCAUCAACCUUGAAAAGUGUCAAACAAGUAUGGAUGAGCUCCUGAAGGAGAUCCAAGCAAUGAGCCAGUGCCACCAUCCCAACAUUGUCUCGUACUAUACCUCCUUUGUGGUGAAGGAUGAACUCUGGCUGGUCAUGAAGCUGCUCAGUGGUGGGUCAGUCUUGGACAUCAUCAAACACAUCAUCUCACGUGGCGAGCACAAGUCUGGAGUUUUAGAUGAGGCCUGCAUCGCCACCAUCUUGAAAGAAGUAUUAGAAGGGCUCGAGUAUCUUCACAAAAACGGACAAAUUCAUCGUGAUUUAAAGGCUGGAAAUAUUCUUCUAGGAGAUGAUGGCUCAGUUCAAAUUGCUGAUUUUGGUGUGAGUGCCUUUCUAGCAGCAGGCGGGGAUAUGACCAGAAACAAAGUUCGGAAGACAUUUGUGGGCACGCCUUGCUGGAUGGCCCCCGAGGUCAUGGAGCAGGUCCGUGGCUAUGACUUUAAAGCUGACAUCUGGAGUUUUGGGAUCACUGCCAUCGAGUUAGCCACGGGAGCAGCACCAUAUCACAAAUAUCCACCAAUGAAGGUGCUGAUGCUGACUCUGCAGAACGACCCACCCUGUCUGGAGACGGGCAUCACUGACAAGGAGAUGGUGAAGAAAUAUGGGAAAUCAUUUAGGAAGAUGAUCACACUGUGUUUACAGAAGGACCCAGAAAAAAGGCCAACUGCAGCUGAGUUGCUUAAGCACAAAUUCUUCACAAAAGCUAAGAAUAAUGACUACCUACAGGAGAAACUGCUACACAAAGGUCCAUCAAUAACAGAUCGGUCAAAAAAGGUGAGGCGUGUUCCAGGAUCCAGUGGACGUCUCCACAAGACAGAGGAUGGUGGUUGGGAGUGGAGUGAUGAUGAGCUAGACGAGGAGAGUGAGGAAGGGAAGGCUGCUGUGGCAGCUCUGCGGUCGCCCAGAGUGAGGGACGGGUCUCAGACUACAGAGAUUUUCCCACCACCAGAUGGCUCCAGUGCUCACCUGAAGCCGCCUCCUACAGUUAAUGCGAAUGUUACUCCUGUGGGUCAAAAUAGCGAAGACAUUCUGCUACAGGCUCCCGCUCCAGCUCAAACAGCGAGCCCCUCACAUGGAACCUCCACUCAGGAUCCCAUUGUAUCUGAUGCCAGCAUUCCCAUCAGCCUCGUCCUGAGGCUAAGGAAUCCAAAGAAGGAACUCAAUGACAUCAGAUUUGAGUUUAUGUCUGGCAGAGACUCUGCUGAUGGAGUGUCGCAGGAGUUGGUUUCAGCUGGUCUGGUUGAUGGGAGAGACUUGGUCAUUGUUGCUGCCAAUCUGCAAAAGAUUGUGGAUGAUCCUCAUAGUCACAAAAAUGUCACCUUUAAGCUGGCAUCUGGUGUAGAAGAGUCUGAAAUUCCCGAUGACAUUAAACUCGUCGGCUUCGCGCAGCUGAGCAUUAGCUAAGUCACAGAGUUUGCAGCAAAAGACAGCACCUACUGGUAAUGCACUGCUGCAUGCUAGUAAAUUCUAUGACGCCACUGCUGCCAAAGAGAGGACUACGACGAGACGUGAAGCAGGCUAAAAAGUGUGACACUGUGGCAAGAUGCUGAAGGACCACAUGGAGAGGAGGUUCAGUUCAUCACAGAAACACACUUGAAACGUUUACAGUGCGCUUGUUCAUGGGAGAGAACAUGCAAUCAAUUAUUACCCCCCCCCCCCCCAUUCAUAAACACAACCAAAACCUUCUCCUGUCAGUACUGGAAAUGAUGCCUUUCUCCUCUUUUUAUCUAACUUUUUUUUUUCUUUUUAGAUUAAAUAAAUUGUGCCACAUAACGCACACAAGUGUCGUGCCACCUUAAAAUGUAACCUCAUGCUACACUGAAUAAUUUGACCGGUGAAAAUUAAGCCUUAGUUAGUCAACAACACAUUUGACCAGUAUGAUUGAACUAUUGCUGAUUAUCGGCUGAAUAGUUCUAUGCAUUUCUAAAAUCUCCAUGAAAAUCCUUCUGAUGUGGAAAUGACACAAUUUCAACAUUUCUUUAUAAGGCAAACCUCGAACAAAAAACAUCUCCCCUUACAGUUUAAACAACCAAAGAAAUCAAUCAGGCUUUGACUGCACCAAUAAACUCAAUUCAAAUGCACAUAACUCAUCCCUUUAGCUGCUUUGGGCCACAAUUUCAGUUACGUUACUCAAGUUUGAGUUUUCCUGAAGUUUUCAAAAAUAACUGUAGUAAGGCCUGACAUUUUUCUCCUAUGCAAUAUUUGCUCUCACAGGGUGUGACUGGCUGUUUGCUACUAGCAAUUCUCUUUGGCUGAAUUUCUUUCUGUACCUCAAUAUUUCAAGUGUCAAGUAGCAAGGUAGCUCCUCAAAUGAUUGAUUUCCAAAAGCAUCCUAGCAAAGUGAAUUCUUGACACAUCUACGGGUCAUGUUUGCUUUAUUACGUUUGAUAUUUGUAACGUUAAAGUGGUAAUACUGGGUUUUCAUUUCAUUGCUCAGCAGCUUUAGGGAGCGUCUAAAGAGUGUUGAGCUCACGCUGGUUUGCCUUGCAAAGUGCUGCCAGGUUUUCAAUGUCACUAGAGGUGUGUGUCAUCUGAAUUAUUGAAAUAUUAUCACCAAAGUUAAGGAGCACUUCACCUAAAUAGCAUUCAUCACUCUUGGUCUACGGCCAUGCUAAUUAAUGGAUCGAAGUUGUCAUUGUAUUGCCAUUGUAGAUUAUUAAAUUAUACAACAUAUGGCCUUCCAUUAUUUUAUCCAUGGCAGACCUGCUCAAUGUAGAACCGAUUGUUUUGGAAUUUAAUUCUUUUUCAAGUUGUUUAAAACUGUUGUUAAGUUGCAACAAGUGGAGGUUGUUACCAAUCUGUCAAUCAAAGUCACCUUGGAAAUGGCUCCAGCUCACCUGUGACUCAAAACACAAACCAGAUUAAUUGGACAUUCUUUUCAGGAUAUAUUAUAAUUACCUACCCUGUGCCAACAUCCUAAUUUUGUUUCAUUGUUGAAAAAUGUUUUGACCAAGAGUUUUCUUUUUCAACCUGCUAGCAUACCUUCACUUAUGCCAGCAUGUCAGCUGAAUACUUAUUGAAUGUUUUAUUGCAGAUAGCCCUAUAAAGCUACAAUUUGAUUAUAGAAUUAUGAAGUGUGUUUGAAAUGCCAGCGAGAAAUAUGUAUUUAGGUGACCCUUUCUGGCAAGUUUAGUGUGUUUGGCCAUAUUUUAGCAUAUUUGCUGUCCAAACACUCCUCCUUUGGCCACUCGUCACUCCGUGUCUGCUUCAAUUGUACCACGCAAAAGGGCUGCAUUAAAGCUGCUUUUUCAGGUACCGAAGUAAACGCAGUGUAAAGAAUGAUUUACAUGUACGUAUGUUUCAACUCCAAGCUCUGUCAGUUUUUUUUUUUUUUAAAUGCAUUUGACUGUUAAAUGUGUACAUGCCGCAUAAAACGACUUGUAAAUGUUGUUUCUGGAAAACCGAUGGUGAGCCUGAUUUUAGAUUUAUCUUGAGCCGAAAGAAUUUUUUUUUCGUUUUCUGCAUUUGCCUUUCUCAUUUGUGUCACUAAACAUGCACAAAUUGGUUUAAUUAUUAACGUGUAUCUGUUCUGAUAAGCUGAAUUUUUUUUUUCCCAUGUAAACCUGUGAAAACCCAUUUGAAUUUGUCAUAUAACAAUACGUGUGUGUGUGUGUGUGUGUGUGUGGUGUGUGUGUGUGUGUGUGUAUUCCUGGUGUUAGCUAAAUACCCUGAAUUGAUUGUUUUUUUUUUUAAACCUAAAACAGCUUUUUUUUUGGCUCAUCACAGUUACGAAGCAUCAGCAUUAUUUGAAUCAAAUGAUGGCAACUGACAUGACAUAUUGAAAAAUAUGUUUCUUCAAUUGUAUACAUGUAUACAUCGUCAAAUGCUAAAUUCAACUGGAACGUGUGAUUUCAAGACGGAUUACGCAUAUCGUUUGAUCUAAAAUAUCACGUGCAGAAUGAUUUUUGGUUGAUGAAUAAAGCCACAGUGGAGUUAAAAAAUAAACUGUUGUA